AUGUGUAUAGCUUUGCCUAUAGCAUUUCCUCUAUGUUAUUUAAACAAAUAUUGUUUGAAAGUAAUUCCCAACAUCUACUGCUCUUCUAGGCUGAUCAACUCCAAAAUGGUACCUCAAAAUCUGUGCCAACUUUGCAAAUGUUUGUUUCUGAGUAAGUUGAAACUGAACUCAGUAAAUGUGGCUGGUUUGGCCAGAAGGAUCCAUUCUUCAUCACAAAAGCUUUCUGACUCUGAGUCACAGGAACAAACUGUCCAGAAAUGUGAAUCUGAAGAGCUGCCUCAAAAUACAGAGAACAGUGAUUCUGGAAGAUUGCACAUACCAGUGAUGCUGGAGGAGGUUGUUAAUUGUUUAUCCCCUCAGCCUGGUCAGUGUUUCCUGGAUAUGACAUUUGGAGCUGGAGGUCACACAGCAGCUCUCCUGGAGAGAGCCAGAGACAUCACAGUGUAUGCCCUGGACAGGGACCCCACAGCUCACAGCAUGGCUCAGCAGCUGGCAGCAGCCUACCCGAACCAGCUUCAGCCUCUCCUGGGAAGGUUCAGCCAGUCAGAGGCUUUGUUAAUCUCAUCUGGGGUUGAGCCAGGCACUCUGGACGGAGUUCUCCUGGAUGCUGGCUGUUCUUCCAUGCAGUUAGACACACCUGAAAGAGGCUUCUCCCUGCAGAAGGAUGGGCCCUUGGACAUGAGGAUGGAUCAUGACAGGUGUCCUGACAUGGCCACGGCCGCAGACGUGGUGAACGCGCUGGACCGGCGGGCGCUGGCGGCAGUGCUGAGCGCGUAUGGCGAGGAGCGGCACGCCAGGAGAAUUGCCUCUGCCAUCGUGCAGGCACGCAGCAUCUACCCCAUCACCAGCACCAGGCAGCUGGCCAGCAUCGUGGCAGGUGCUUUUCCAGCAUCAGCGCUCUACGCACGGAAGGACUUGCUUCAGAGACCUGUGCAUGUUGCUACUAAAACUUUCCAAGGCCUGAGGAUAUUUGUGAAUGAUGAGCUCCAUGAACUCCUGAUAGGGCUGAAGACAGCUGAGAAGUUCCUGAGGCCUGGAGGUCGCCUUGUGGCCCUGUCCUUUCAUUCCCUGGAAGAUCGAAUCAUCAAACGUUUCCUUCAUGGCAUUGACAUGACAGAGAAACACAACCUUGGCUCAAAGCAGAAGAUCAGACAGGCUCUGAAAAAUGCCUCCAAAGGAGAAGACACACGAGGAUCUCCCUGUGGAAAAUCCAACUCCAAGUGGAUUUCUAUGCACAAAAAAGUUCUCACACCCCAGGCCAAGGAUAUUCAAACAAACCCAAGAGGAAGGUCGGCCAAGCUAAGAGCUGCUAUUAAACUCUAAAUGAAAAUAUAUGAUUAUGUGAUUGUAUCAUUUCCUGAAAUUCUGUUUUCCAGAAUGCUAACUGGACAUUUGUCAAACUGAUAUUUGUCAAACUGAAAAAAUAAAAGGAAGGCUGUGAGAAAA